AUGCAGCGCGACGGGGAUGCGGCGGCGGCGGCGGCGGCCGCGGCCUCGUACCGGGUGCUCAGCCGGCUGCUGGGCUAUGGCUCCGGGCCGGAGGCGGGCGCGGCAGGCGGCGCCGGUGCCGGUGCCGGCGCGGCGGGCGCGGUGCCCGGCGCGGGCGGGCGGCUGUCGGUGCCGGGGGGGCCGCGGCCGCAGCUGAUGGUUUUCCGCAACGCGGCGGGAGGGCGGCCCGGCGAGGACGGCGGCCCGGCGGCGGCGGCAGGGGGUCCCGGGGGCGGCGGGGCCGAGCUGUGCCCGCGGCACCGCUGCGCGCUGGAGCCCAAGGCGGCGGCGGGCUGGGCGGCGCAGGGGGGGCUGGAGCUGCAGCUGGCGGCGCUGGGGCUGCGGCCGCCGCCGGGGCUGGGGGCCAAGGGGGCGGCGGGACUCCCCUGCCCGUGCCUGGGGCCGCCCGCCGGCGAGGAGACCAGCGAUGCGCUGCUGGUGCUGGAGGCGCUGGAGCCCGACGAGGCGGGCAGCGGCUCCGAGGAGGAGCCGGGGUCCCCCGGGCGCGGGGCCGCCCGCAGAGCAGCCCCCGGUCCCGCACCGCAGCCCGCAGCCCCCGCGGGCACCGCCACCGGCCCCGGGACCGGCCCCGGCGGCAGGAAGGGCUCGCUCAGGAUCCGCCUCAGCCGCCUCUUCCGCACCAAGAGCUGCAGCGGGGGCUCGGCCGCCGGGGAUGCCGCCAGCGCCGCCGCCACCUCGGCCGGGAGCCUCACCGAUGUGUGCGGGGCCCGCGGACGGGAGCAGGAGACGGGCAGGAAACACAGACUGACAAGAACUCAAAGUGCCUUUUCCCCGGUUGUGUUCAGCCCCCUCUUCACAGGUGAGACGGUGUCACUGGUGGACGUGGACAUUUCCCAGCGAGGACUGAGCUCCCCUCACCCUCCAACUCCUCCCCCUCCGCCCCGGAGGAGCCUCAGCCUGCUCGAUGAUAUCAGUGGGACGCUGCCUCCAUCUGUCCUAGUGGGUCCAAUGGGCUCUUCCCUGCAGUCUUUCCCUCUGCCUCCGCCUCCUCCGCCCCACGCCCCAGACGCCUUUCCCAGGAUCGUCCCGGUGCGGCCCCCGGAGGGGGUGGCCCAGCCCACCCCACACCUGCAGUGCCCCCUCUCCCGCCCCGACUCCAGCAGCUUCGCCGCCAGCCUGAGGGAGCUGGAGAAGUGUGGGUGGUACUGGGGCCCCAUGAACUGGGAGGAUGCCGAGAUGAAGCUGAAGGGGAAACCUGACGGGUCCUUCCUGGUGCGGGACAGCUCCGACCCCCGGUACAUCCUGAGCCUGAGCUUCAGGUCCCAGGGCAUCACCCACCACACCAGGAUGGAGCACUACAGAGGGACCUUCAGCCUGUGGUGCCACCCCAAGUUCGAGGACCGCUGCCAGUCCGUGGUGGAGUUCAUCAAGAGGGCCAUCAUGCACUCCAAAAACGGGAAGUUCCUCUACUUCCUGCGCUCCAGGGUCCCAGGUCUCCCCCCAACGCCCGUGCAGCUCCUGUAUCCCGUCUCCAGGUUCAGCAACGUCAAGUCCCUUCAGCACCUUUGCCGCUUCCGGAUCCGGCAGCUGGUCCGGAUCGACCACAUUCCCGAGCUCCCGCUGCCCAAGCCCCUGAUCUCCUACAUCCGCAAGUUCUACUACUACGACCCGCAGGAGGAGGUUUACCUGUCCCUGAAGGAGGCCCAGCUCAUCUCCAAACAGACCCAGGAGCCGGAAUCCUCCACGUAGCGGAGCUGCCUCGCCCGUGCUCCCGGCACUGAUGGAAUUUGGUUGUUGCCAUCCCGCAGCCCGAGCCAGGCCGUGGUGGGAAGGAGCCCCCCACUCACCUGCUGCUGGGGGGGCCACUCCUGCUCUGCAGCUCUUUUGUACAGAGAAGAGGGGCCAAGAUUCCCAAGAAGCCCAGCAGAGCAGGAUCCAGAGCCUUGGCUCCUGGGAAAAGGCGUCUUGGAGGCAGCCGAGCCCGGCCCCGGCCUCCUGGCAGAACAAGGAAUGUCAUGGCACUAUUUACAAGUUUGGGACAGUUGGUUUUUUUAUUUUAUUUUAUUUUUUGAUGUCGUUCAGUCUUUGGUUUUCAGCAUGAGAAGUGACUGCGUGGUGGCCCUGCCUUGGAAAACCUCCAGGUGGGCAGGGCUGGAGGGAGGAGGGGACACUCUCUGGAAGAUCCAUCUGCUCCAAGGGCAUCGUGGGCAAAGACUGCCCUUUGGUCCCCACGGAGAGGGGGAUGCAGCUGGAGGCACCCUGAACCAGGAGGAUUCACAGCUCCGGGAAAUAACCUCUGGGAAGCUGGAAUAACCUCUGGAGCUCUGGGCAGCUCAGCUCCCCCUGCUUCCCGGGAUUUGGGAGCCGAGCCCAGCCUUGGGAAGCUGAGCUUUGCAGCUGGAUUUGCGGGACGGUGCCGUGGGAGGUUGGACCCGAGGAAGGAGGAGUGGGCGAGCCACGGGGAUGCCGUGGAUCCCGAGGGAAGGGUUGGUGCCGCUCCCCUGAGGAAGCGCCAUUCCCUGAGCAAACACUGGAAGAGCCCCCUGAAGCCCCCCGGGAAGUGGAAGGAAGGUGGAGAAGCUGGAACUGUUGGAGCUGUGUGUGGACCAAAGGUACUUCCUGCAGAGCCAUGGGAUGUGUCACUCCAGCCCCUCUCUGGCCGAUUCCAGAAGCUGGGAAUGAAGUGGCUCCCUUUGGAGCUGCGAAGGGUCCUGAGGAGCAGCUGCUGGGGUGACUCAGAGCAAGGAGCAGAUCCCUGAGGAUUCUCUGGAGCAGCAUCUGAUCUCUGGGAGCUCCCUUCUCUCCCUGGGACAUCCGUGGAUCCACGGCAAAGCCAGGAGAGAUGGUGGCUCUUUCCAUGGUUUUGGGCACAAAUAACCCCCUUCCCCCUUCAAAUCCUGGUCUGCUGCUUCAGCCACUGAACAGGAACUUCUUGGUGGGGUUCCAAGUGAUGCUGGGAAUUCUGGAGGAGCCUCUUCAUCCCUGUAUUUAGAGGAGCAAAUUCCCGCGCUCUCAAUCCAGGGAAUCGCUCCGUCCUGCCAGGAUCCAGGUGGGUGCCCUGUGAGUGCCCUGUGAGCUGCCAGGACCUCGGGCUCUCCCUGCAGGAUUGAUCCACGUCCCUGAAUUCGGCAGGAUUCAUGCUGGGUUUUCAGGCAGGCUGGAAACGCUGCCCCCAAGGUGCUACAAACCCUGCCCUCCCCCUCCUGCCCUUCCCCUCCGGCCUGGGAGGAAAACCGAGCUCUGCAAAGAGAGGAUUUGGCUUCCAGAUGAAACUGAGCUUCCAAAUCCACAGAAAUACCUCAUGGGACGCUGCUCCAUCCUGACUGUGCCCAAGAGCCAGGCCUGGAGGGUCCGUGCCCGGUGUGUCCUGCCAGGCUUCUCCCAAAAAUGGACCCUGGGAGCAGGAUCCGUGGCAUGGCUGGUGUGUGUGGAUCAGGGAGGGAUGGUGGGAUGCACGGAACAGGGAAGCUGGGAGUCUCCCCUGCCCAAGCUGGGAAGAAGCUCAUCCUCCCUGCAGCAUGGCAGUGACAGCAUUCCCACUCCUUCCUUCCCUGCUCUGGGAUGGAGAGGUGCAGGCUGGGUUUGGGAAGGGGGAAGGAGCUGCCCUGGAGGGCAGAGCAGGGAAAGGUGGUGCUGGAGGGGCACUGGGAGUGGGUGCUGGGCUUGUUUUGGGGUGAAAACGCACAACCCUGGUGGGUCAGGAGAGAUUUCCUGCAGCCCCCCAUCCCUGUGUCCCCCCCAGAGCUCCUCCUGAGGGAGGAGGAGGUGGUUCCACUCCUUUCAGAGCCGUUGAAGCAGCCAGACUUCAGGGACAAUACUUGAAUUCCAUGUUUCUGGUCGGCUGUUGGUGUCCAUGCAGGAUUUAUCCCAACAGCCUGGUGGUGCUCCUGCUGUUACCUGAACCCUGAGCACGGCAGGGUGGGGGCAGCUCUUCCCAAAUUCGGGCCAGCAGGAAGGUUUUGGGUCUGAAAUGACAUAGGAGAUGUGCUGGGAGGUGUUGGAUAGGGGAUGGGGGGUGGGGGUGGGAUAGGGAUGAGACCCCUCCCGAGGAUCCAUGGAGGUGGCAGAUGCUCCUCAGCAUUCCCAGGGCUCUGCUCCUCCUCUCCUUGCUCCGAGCCAGGCAGGAAAGCUGGAGCAGGUCAGUGCCAGCCCCAGCCUGGCUGAGAUCCCAAGGUUAACUGUAGUUAAGAGCCUUCUCCUGAAAUCCAUGGAAAAUAAAGCUGUUCCUGCACCUGGAGGUGUGAGGGGAGCGAGGGAUUUGAUCCGUGGGUGGGGCUGGGAAUGAGCCAGAGGUUCUGAUCUGGGGCUGGAAGUGAGGGGUGAGCUCUGUGGACGUGGGGAACAUCUCCAAGGGCUGCCUGGGCCCUGCCUUCCCAGUCAAUCCCAGUUUGGGGAAUGGCCCCCCUGGUGCUGUAUCAUCCCACCUGGAAUGUCCUGCAGGCUGGCUCUGGAGGCUGCUCCCAUCCUGCUGAUCUGGGGACAAAUAUUCUUUAUCUCCACCUCUGUCCAACCUUGAAUCUGUGCAGGGGUGGUGCUGGUCCUGCUCCCUCCGUCAGGGACCGGAGCCGGAUGAGCUGGGAAAUGGACCAUAAAAACCACCAGAGCACGGAAAGUGGCCCUGGAAAAGCUCCUUUCUGUGCUUUUCCAGCUGGAAGGGGACAGCCCUCAGCCCUGUGCUGCUCCUGCUCAGGUUCCCCCUCCUCUCCCAACACCUCCCUGUUUCAAGGGAGGGAAUGACCUUCCAGCGAGAAACUGGGAUAAACCAGGGGAAGUCCAUGGGAGUUUCCAGCUCAGCAUCCACCUCCUUGGGGCCAAAAAUGGGGAAAAAAGGGUGGAAAAAUUCAUCCCUGGCUUGAGGUGGGUUGAGCUUUGCAGCUGGAUUUGCAGGGUGGCCCCAUAUGGGAACCAACCUGGGCUGUUCCUGUGGUUGGGAAUGGAUGGAUUUGGGAACUCCAGGUGUGGUGUUGCCACAUCUGGCCAGAUUUUAAUCCCUUAAAUGCAUUUUUUAAACCCUGAAAGCGGUUUUAAGAGUGACCUGUGGGGCUGUGCUGCAGGUGAUGUUUGGGGCUCAAGUCCAGGGAGUGUUUUGGGGAGAAAACCUCUGAAAAGUAGGAUUUGCUGAAGGAAGGGCCUUCCUGCUUCCAGGGGGAAGGGAACUGGCUGUUUUCCUUCAUUCCUUGCAGUUAAAAUGUGUCCUUGGGAUGAUUUUACCCUUCAAAUUGACCAUCAGGGCUGAGGGCUUGGGGGGGGGACCUGGAUACCUUCCCACUCCCCUUGGCUUUUGGGGAUGGAGGGAUUUAUCCACCUUCCCAAGCCCUCCUUGUUUUUUGGGGAUACAGGGAUUUAUCCACCUUUCCAAACCCUCUUUGGCUCUUUGGGGACAGAGGGAUUUAUCCACUUUUCCAACCUCUCUGGCUUUGGGAGUGGAGGGAUUCAUCCACACUGUCCCAGCAGCCCCUCACUCCUCAUCCAGAGUCUUCCAGGUGAGAUGGGGCAGGCGGGAACCCCCUUCCCAAAACAUCCCUUGGGAUCGGGGGGGGCUCCUGGCAGCGCUGCCUCCAACUGUGCCUCCAGCUGAACAAGCACAACUGGUGCCCAGUAACACACUGGGCAGCUCCCAGUGCUCCCCACACCCCAUCCAGGGCUUCACUCCAAAAAACAAAAAAAAAUAUAUGGCUUACACUGGAUCCAGCCUUGCCUUUAGAGAAGGAAUGAGCAGAUUUUGGCAGCUCCAAGGGCAGGACCUCACCAGGACUGUGGAACCACCCUUGGGUAGAACAACAACAACAAAAAAUGCAGCUUUGCUUAAUUUUAUCUUUAUUUUCCCCCCCUCCCCUUUUUAAUUUUAUUUUUAAUUUUUUUGUUUUGUUUUGGUGUGUGCUUAAUUUAUUAAAAAUAGUUGCUGUAUAAUUUAUUUUCGUAAACUAUAUUAAAAAGUUACUAAAUGGUUUUAAAAAAAAAAAAAAAAGAAAACCAAACAGACUUGCAGGCCAAUCUUUCAGAUAAAAAAAAAAAAAAGUAAAAAAAAAAAAAAAAGAGAGAGAGAAAAGAAAAAUAACAUUUUUUGAUAUAAACCACACAUGCACUUUUGGGUGUGUUUGGUUAUUUUUGGGGGCGGGGAGGGGGGGGCCUGGCUGUACCUGUGGGUUUGUCUGUAUAUAUUGUAUUAAUAGGCAUGUUUGGCCUCUCGUGGGGGAUGGUAGUAACUGCUGCAGGUCCUUUUGGGGGGAAGCUGGUGUGGAAUUCCUGGAUUUGGGGGAUUUUUGGGGUGUUUUCUUUUUCCUGAGUGGUCAGUGAGGGAGAGCUGACUCGGUGUUUGUAACUCAUUUCUAGCGUCGUUUUGACUGAUGGGU